AUUGGCAGUGGCCUCAGCAGACGCACACCACUGAACAAGGCGGCCCAGUCCAUCAUCUCACCGUUCGGGCAGCUGUCCUCGCGUCCUUCACAUGAGUCAAGAGGAGGCCAAUGAGCCACAUGGUGGGCUAUCUCAAGUCAGGACCGGAAGGGGAUAUGUGACUCACACACACUCCUUUUGUUUGUUUAUGUAUGACCAUGCAGAUACCGUCGCUGGACCAGCCCGCCGCUUCAGCGACUUCCCGAUCACGGCUAGUCACCUCAUUUCGCUGGACAAGCUCACAAGCUCCGCCAAUCAGCGUGACUCUCCACACGUGCCAAGACUCGUGUCAGAAUCCCCGUCCGUCCCGACGACACUCUCCCGUCCAGAGCCUGAAGAGUACGUGGGCCUCGACAGACUGCUAGGGGUGGUCGACGACUACAUUUUGCCACUGUUCGCCAGCUAUGACACGUCGGACUUUCGGGUGGGCCCUGUGGCGCUAACGCGGUUCAUGAGAGGCGGCAAGACGCGGGCCCUCAAGGAGCUCGGGAACGAGCUGCAACGACGUGAGAAGCCGGUGCUUUUCAUAGCAUUCACCGGACAAACUCGCUUGAACGAGCAUGAGGCCCAGCUCCACAAGCGCGGCGAGUUGACUCUGCUGGACUCAAUAGUGCUGCGGAUGACGUGGGCAUGUGCAACAGAGGAGACAGUCGCGAGUCUGGCGGAGCAGAUCGGCAAGGACCCGGGUGACAUCUCGUUCGAAGACUGGAUAGACCACGUCUCUCUUGAUCCGCUUCUUCUGGAUAGAUGGCUCACCGGUCCCCUGAUUCUCCUUUUUGACAAAUUAGACCAGCUUGUCACGAAGGAGACCUUGCCGGCACUGACUGUUGAAGGAUCGGAGGCGAGGGCGGUAGCUGAGUUCAUCCUUAGCUGCCUCGGAGCGAAAGAUCGUUAUUUCAUCUUUUCGAGCCACGAUGCCACAGUGGGCAAGAGCAUCAGGGAUUACUGGGUCGACCAGAGAGGCUCACGUGACGUCUACAAGCUCGAGCUCCCCCGUAUCGAGGAGCCGACCGAGGCGCUGGCCAUCAGCCCCUCUGCAAGCACUGGAGAGAUAUGCUGGACUGGCCGGGCACCUGCACUGCUGUUCGAGCUCUACCGGCGGAGCGAGACCUCCUCGAACAAGGAGGAUGUGCUGAAGCACUUCACUAGCAGCAAAUCCGUUGACACGUCCACAGCCCCGGCUGUCAUCCGCUCGGCACUCAAGGGAGAUCCAAGCGCUGCCUACUUUGAGUCACUCGGCGCGAUGACGAGCGCUCUAGACGUCUACGGCGAGGGUUGCGUGUGGCCUCCCUGCUAUUUGGGAAAGGCUUGUUCACUUGUGGGCGAAGCAAUGUCCCUCCCCAAGAACGACCAGCUUGUGACCAAGUUCGGCGGUCCUUUCAUCAACAGCAUCGGCAUGGUGGACCGAUUCCUGAGACGGCUGCUGGAGCCCCGAGGCUCUGGGAAGUGGUGGGAGGGGGUGGUCAAGGCUGCCGUACUUCUGCGACUGCUGGACAGCCACACUACGGCAAUGGAUGGAUCCGAGUCGCCCACAUCGUUGCUGACCGGCAUGCCAGCAGCCCUUCUGCCGCCUCCGGUGACAAGUUAUCGUGGGUGCCCAUUCGCAGGGAUCGUGCGACUGCCUGUUCGAGAAGCGAGAGACCUGCCGCAGCUCAUUGAAUGGUUCAAUCGUUACGGAGUGCGCAAGAACAUGAAUGAAGGCUUUGUAUCCUAUUUGGUUGACCCUGAAAACCCCCAAUUCCAGGGCUGGGACUUCUUCGUCUUUGUGACCGACAACGGCGAGCUGCGCCAGAUCUGGGGCUACCAGAGCAAGGAAGACGACCAGGGGCCAGAAGGCAGGAAGCCGACAAUCGAGCGGGCUCUCGAGGCCCUCGGGAACGAGGGUCUUCUCAAUGGUCUGAACAUCCACACCGUGUGGCUGCAAGGCGACGCACCGAUAUCCUUUGCAACACCUACAGCUGCCGCAAAGCAGGCGGCUCGACAAGACAAAACGGAUAACAUCAACGGCACGCCGCUGUACUAUCCUUCUCAGUCGUCUCUGAGGGUGUUCGUGGGAUUUUCCCUGGCGGAGACUUGUCCAUUCAGCUUCUUGACGGAACGGAAGUAUGAGAGAGGGAAGGGCGGCGACGGUGUGCGUUGACGGUCGCCUGAGAUAGAUGACUUGCUGUUGCUUGCCAUUCAUGUGGCAGUCGGUCGAUGCCCUCGUUUUCGUUGACUGUAGAUUCUGUGAACCGCGAGAAGAAAGGAGCGCCGUCUUGAUUGAGGGAGGCGGGGGGACGGUAUUUGUCGACCUGAAAGAUGGCUGCACACACGGCCGUCGUGGACCAGAGUCUGCACUCGUGGACUCUGCACUUGUGGACUUGAGGUGGCCGGCGCUGUCACCUGAAUACAGAC